CUUGCCAACCGCAAGACAAGAAGAAGAAGAAGAAGAAGAAGCACGAUUGCAGCAGACGUGUAAAGGAUGUUGUGAGUGUGAUGGAAGAUGACAGCAGCUGCUGCUCGGUUCUUUCUCAACUUCUGGUCGGCCUUUCGUCCUGUGGUUCGGACCGUUAAAAGCGGAGGUACCAGAGGAAUCCGAACCGGAACUCCAGGGAAGCUGAUGCGGAGCGGAGACAGCAGGAGGACAGUGAUCUGUGUUGAGGGAAAUAUCGCCAGCGGAAAGACAACGUGUCUGGAUUAUUUCAGCAAUACGAGCAACAUCCAGGUCCUGACAGAACCGGUGUCCAAAUGGAGGAACGUCCAUGGACACAAUCUUCUGGCCCUGAUGUACCAGGAUCCUCAGCGCUGGGGAAUCUCUUUGCAGACUUAUAUUCAGCUCACCAUGCUGGAUAAACACCUGUCAGCCACGACAGCUCCGGUCACCAUGAUGGAGAGGUCGAUCUUUAGCGCCAAGCACAUCUUCGUGGAGAAUCUCUACCGGAGUGGGAAAAUGCUAGAGGUGGAUUACAUUAUUCUGAACGAGUGGUUUGAUUGGAUCACCACAAACGUUUCGCUCCCUGUCAACCUGAUUGUUUACCUGCAGACGUCUCCUCAGACCUGCUAUGAGAGGCUGAAGCAGCGAUGCAGAGAGGAGGAGAUGGUCAUUCCACUGGAGUAUCUGGAGUUCAUCCACCAGCUGCAUGAAGACUGGCUCAUUAAGGGCACCUCCGCUCCAGUUCCUGCUCCUGUUCUGGUGAUUCCUGCCGACUAUGACCUCCAGAAGAUGCUGCACAAGUAUGAGGAGCACCGAGAGAAGAUUCUAGCAGCUACCAACUCUUGAUGCACACGCGCGCGCACACACACACACUUGUUACAGGUCAAGCUCUCUAGAUGUUUGGAAAUUUUUAUUUGGGAAUUUUCCCAACACUGGAUAAUUUUGGACCAAUAAGCGAAGCAGCUUAUUUAUAUAUGAGGACAUAUAUGAUGCUUCUUUGCUAAAUAUAUGAAAAUUAUAGUGGAAUCAAUUAAUUUUGACAAUAUUUUAUUGCAAGAGCCUAAUGUCUGUAAAAAACUGUAAGAACUGACCUCCUUGGGUCAUGUCCAAACUUAAACUCCAGGGACUUACUUUGGGUAGUCAUGGUUACUAACUAGAAGUUUAUUGAAAUUCUGAUAAGCUGAAAAAGUCUAAUUAAAGAAACAUUUCUGUGAUAUCAAUAAUUACGGGAUUGUGAGUUUGAAUGUUUUGGUACACUCAAACUUUUGUUUGGUACUGUGUUCAUUUUGAAGUCAUGCUGCUGUAAUAAAAUACGAGUCAUUUAAUACUUUCUGCACAUCUUUACCAUCAGAGCAGUUUGUCUAUUUCUGUGUUCUUGUGGAUCAUCAUUAAUGUUUAUUUUUUAAAAAAUAUAUAUACAUUCUGAUUUGAGUGGAAAAUCUUCAAACACACACAUAACCUCAGCUUGUGUCAAACAUUCCCCUGAAACUGUUUUUUUUAAUUAAAAUGUUUUUAAAAUCCUGAA